AUGGCAGCUUCAUCACGCCCAUUUAUCACAUGCCACGUCCUUGAGACCGUCUCGGGUCGUCCGGCGCCCGACAUGCGUGUAACUCUGUCGCUCCUCUCGCCCAAGCGCUCCAACCUCUCCACCACUACCGUUUUCACCGCAUCCACCAACUCCGACGGUCGAGUGACCGCCUGGCAAUCCACUCAAGAAGGCGGUACCGUCACUACCUCCGAGCUCGAUCACCUAGUCAACACAUUGAAGUCCGACCUCAAGGGCGAUGAGCAGAUGAAUUGGAGCUUGGUCUUCGCAACCGAGGAGUUCUACGGCAAAGGAAAGACCUUUUGGCCAGAGGUUGAGCUGAAGUUCUGCACGAGCAAGGAUGAGAAACACUAUCACGUUCCCCUGCUCCUGGGGCCUUGGAGCUACACAACCUACCGCGGCUCAUAA